UUUAGCAUAACGUCAAUGGUGAGCUGGUCUCAUCUCGUCCUCCCCGUUUCUACAGCAGCCAAUUGGGGACGAACGCCUGUGGUGACCUCAGAGGUAGUCUGCAGAAAGAGCUUGCACACGUUCAGGGCGGAAGGAGGGAAUCGACUGAGUGCCAAGCCAGGAGGAACUGCCGCCGCCGCCGCCGCAAUAAUGUGUGACUUCACAGAAGAUCAGACUGCUGAGUUCAAGGAGGCUUUCCAGCUCUUCGACAGAACUGGGGAUGGCAAGAUUCUGUAUAGCCAGUGUGGAGAUGUGAUGAGAGCCCUGGGCCAGAAUCCCACCAAUGCAGAAGUCAUGAAGGUUCUGGGGAACCCCAAGAGUGAUGAAAUGAAUACAAAAACACUGAGCUUUGAGCAGUUCUUGCCCAUGAUGCAAACCAUUGCCAAGAACAAGGACCAGGGCUGUUUUGAAGAUUAUGUGGAGGGGCUGAGGGUCUUUGACAAAGAAGGGAACGGCACCGUCAUGGGGGCAGAGAUACGUCAUGUUCUUGUCACCCUAGGGGAGAAAAUGACGGAAGAAGAAGUCGAGAUGCUGGUGGCCGGCCACGAAGACAGCAAUGGCUGCAUUAACUAUGAAGAGUUGGUGCGGAUGGUUCUGAGCGGCUGAAGAUCAUUUCUAGCUUCUCUUGUGAAAACCUCUUCCAGUUUAUCCUUAAAAUGUUUGUGCCUUUUUUAUCUGUGUAUGAAAUGACUUUUGAUUCCCUCUUUUCCUUGGAGGACGAGGAAGAGAAAAAUUGGCAAAGGGUGCACCUGAAUUUAAGUAGUAACUGAGGGGAGCCAACCUAUGGCUAGCUGGCUUGCUUGUCUCACCUCACUUUAUUUUCAGAAGUGUUCAUUCAGCUCUUUCUCCCUCUCAACUGCUUUAAUAAACUGUUUGAAAAGUA